AUGGUCGACCCCGUAGUAGAAGCGGGCGUAGCGGACACCUUGGAGGCUCGUUUGGCUGAUGCGAGGAGACGCCACGAGGCUGCCGAGUACGGGUCGACCCUCCCUCUGGGGAUCAUCGAGCUGGGCAUCCGUGCGCAGUGGGCGACGGAACACCCGUCACGACCUGCAUCUCCUCGACCGGUGCGAAACAAAGGUGGCGUCGACGAGGAGGUCGACGGCGGUGCACGAGUCAGCGACAGCGAGGGCACGAAGGAGAGAGGGGUGAUCAAGGUCGACAGUGGCGUCGACGGGAGUCAGGCGCGAGUGCAGCGGUCGACGGCGGCUGCAGGCAGCUCGCGUGCCGACGUCGACGAACGACGUCGCUCUCCUCUACGAAGUGGUGGAGGGCUCUCGGCGACGACGCACGUGACGGCGGGCGGGAUCGCACCGGCGUAUGGUCACUUCAAGUUCACGCCGAACAAAAUUACCGCCUCACCGCUGCAAGGUCGACGGGACCUCAUCACCUGGAGGGAGGCGAUGGAACCUCAGCUGGAGGUCGCCGGGCUGAAGGGCUUUGCCGAUGGCACCGUGCCAAUUCCGCCCGAGGACGAGUUUCGUGCUUCUCACCUGCUCACCUUCAUGGUCAUCUCGAGCGACGAGGACGACAACAAGAGAGGUCGCAGUCGGUCGACCAGUCGUCGCCCCCGUCGAGAUGAGAAGCCGCGCAAGGAGAAGCAGACGUUGAAGAAGACGUCGUCGACGAAGGACGUCGACUCUUCCAGCGGCAAAGGCCGAGGCGACGGGGAAGCGUCGUGCUCGAUGGUCGGCGUGGUUGAGCCGACAGUCUCGCUGGCGCCGGAGGCUGGCGAGGACUUCCAAGCGGUGGCGGCAGCUGUGCAGGCAAACCCGAUGGCGGUGCUACUUGACAGCGGUUCCCACCACCUGAUGGGGACGAAGGCGGUCUUCGUCGACAUGGCGCCGAGCGGCAGUGUGAAGCACGUGCGUGGAUUCAAUGGGGCGUUGCAGCUUGUCGAGGGUCGCAGAACCGUCGCUCUGCAAGGGGAGGCCGGGAAGCGGAUCCUUAUCCCAGACUCGUCGACCGGAGCGGACCCGGCGUGUGUCUCGUGCGUCGGAGGAAAGCUGGCGCGGCGCACCUUCCCCGACAAGGGCUCGGACGCCGAGGAGGCACUGGCUGUCGUGCACAUUGACUUGUGCGGGCCAUUUCGGGUGGCUGCCAAGGAUGGCAGCUUGUACUUCCUGCUGCUGAAGGAUCGCCACACUCGGUUCGUGUGGGUGGUGCCGGUCGCUAAGAAGAGCGACGUGCUGCGGGAGUUCGAGAAGUGGCUGGUGCUGGUGGAACGGCAGACGAAGAAGUCGGUGCUGAUGCUCCGCUACAACCGGGGAGGGGUGUUCCUCGGGAAGGCGUUCACCAACUUCGUCAACGGGAAGGGCAUCGUCCACGACCUGACAUGCUCUUACACUCCACAGCAGAACGGAAUGGCUGAGCGGGAGAUGCGCACGGUCGUCGAGUCCGUGUGGACGAUGCUGCUGCACAUGGGCGUGCAGCACCACUGGUGGCACCUCGCCCUACGACAAGCUGUCUGGGUGCGCAACUGCUUGGAGCGGUCGACGACGCCGCCGGGGAGAACGCCGUACCAGCUGCUGACCGGGAAGAAGCCCGACCUCACCCUGGCACGGGUGUGGCACUGCAUGGUGCAGUUCAUGGUUCCCGAGCAGCAGCAAGGUGUGAAGCUGGCGCCGAAGGCUCGCUGGGGGCUUCACCUGGGCGUGUCACCGGAGAGCAAGGGCUGGGAGGUGCUGGACUUGACCGACAACAAGGUGGUAGCGUCGGUAGAGGUGAUCUUCUACGAGACGCUGUCGCUGGAGGUGUGGAAGGCGACGUAUGGGCCGGCGUCGGGGUGGACGCAGGCGCACCCGCCGACGAACACCUCGACGGCGACGUUCCCACUGCUCGCCGAGGUCGACGAGAUUGCUGAUGAGGGCGUCGAGGAAGUCCUCCCUCCGCCCCCUGUUCUUGCUCCUCCCACCCCCGUUGCAGAUAGGCCUGCGUUGACACCAGUGUCGACCACCGGCGAUGAGGGGAGCCUUAAGGCGUCGCCUGUGGCACCGGCCCGUGGCAUCGGCGGUGGCCGACGAGACGCCAUGCUCGUCGAGGAGGAUGUGCAGCCGUCGACGACAGGGAAGCAGCAGAAGUCCAGUCGACAGGGGAGCAGCAGACCGGGCAGUCGACAAGGGAGCUGUCGAUAA